UUGUGUCGUCUCAGACCCUUGACUGCAGCCCAUGGGUUGGACCGGAAUGCUUGUUUCUCCCUGCAGAGAAAAAAGGCAGAUGAAGCAAUAAUAAACACAGUAUCAACCUCCCGCCCCCACCUGCACACGCCCAGGGGUGGCGGAGCUUCCCUGACUGGCUGAGCUGGCUGUGCCAAAGCCUGUCCUCUACCUGUUCAGUGUGAGAGGCACCUGUCAGACGAAAAGGACUUUCACUCUGCUCUGACCAGACAUUUCUCAGGUUGGACAACUGACAAAGUCAACGCAGCAAGCAACAAGCAUUGAAAAUGUCAAUGUCAAAAGGCGACAGGCAGUCUGUGCUUCGGACAACAAAGGUUCGGACAGCCCUGAAAGGAGACAACAGCUGGAUACAACGCCGCGCUGAGGCUCAAGCGGAGCAAGAAGAGAAACCAUGGCUCGCAGAGGUUAGAGGGACACGCACCAAUGGAGAUUCUGAUGAGUCCAGUUCCGUGUCCCCGCCCACCAGCCCUUCUGCGGCCCCAGCUGCAACUCCUCCUUCCCCCACUUCAACAAGCCAGCCAUCUCCAUCAUCGUCUCUCGACUUCUCAAACAGCCCAAAACCACCAUCCGGAGGAUACCUGAUCAGAGGAGUUUUCACAAAAACCGACACCAAAAAACCAACUUCCCCAUUACCAUAUAAUGGCUCCAGCCCCUCCAGUACUUUCAUUCCCAAGAAGCCAAGUGACUCAUACAAGAAAAUAGCGCCUCAUUCUGUGCGAACAGCUUCAGAAAGCUCUGCCCCAGCUGAGACAACACUGUCCUCAGAGGAACAGGACAAGAGAGCGGAGGCAGCCAGCAGCGUUCUCAGAACCUCAGCGGCUAAACAGCGCUCCUAUGUCCUCUCGGCAGCCAAGAAAUACGAGUCCCCAGAGAAAGCAGACAGUCAACUGUCUCCUAACAGUGUAUCUUUCGUAGCUAAAAGGGUGGAGAUUAACGACGAGGAAGAGAGUGCCCCCACCGACGCUCAAAAUGAUGUCACCCCUCGUGUUCCCACCCCCCAGGACACAGUUCCGCAGCCCACAAAGCAAUCGAGCCCUGCAGCGAGCACAAAGGUUACCAUUUCUGACACAAAGAUCUCUUCUGCUACAUCCAGUUCUGUGGAAACAAAGAAAUUGAGUCCUGCCCCAAGUCCCUCUGCCCCAGUCAGUACUAAAGUCGUCAAGCCAGCCUCAGCCCCAGACACAAAGGCCAGUCCUGCCAAAAUCAGUCAGGUGGUGAAAGCUGAACCAGCACCGGUACCCAGCAAAGAUUCGGGAAAAGAUGUCCUCACAUUGACUAAGAGUCCACAGGUGGAAGCUGAACCAGCCCCGUCUCCCACUGAUGAUUUAGAGAAUGACGAUCUCAUUACGGUCACUGAGAGUCCACAGGUGGAAGCUGAACCAGCCCCUUCCCCGGCUGAUGAUUUAGAGAAUGACGAUCUCAUUACGGUCACUGAGAGUCCACAGGUGGAAGCUGAACCAGCCCCAUCCCCCACUGAUGAUUUAGAGAAUGAUGAUCUCAUUACGGUCACUGAGAGUUCACAGGUGAAAGCUGACCCAGCCCCAGCCCCCAGUGAUAAUUUAGAGAAUGAUGACCUUAUCGCACUCGCUGAGAGUACGGAGGUCUUGGUGGAUCCUGUCCCCAGCACAACUGACAUCGAGUACAGUCACGACCUACUCUCUGGUCCAGACAGCAGCCAAUCAGAAAAGACGGUGGUCUCACUGGACAAGCUGGCUGUUGAUUUCAUACCCAUCGAUACCAACAGGAAAUACCUCAGCACAGACAGGCCUUUGGAAGAUACCCGUCAAUCUCCGACAAAAAAGCAACCAGCAGACACACAGAGCCCACUGGUCUUGGUGGAUCCCCUGCCCAGCAGUGCUGACAACCCGAGUCAAAAUGUCGUCACCUCAACAGUGAGUGUCAAAGAACAAAAGACAAAGUUUGAGGACCUGAGCAGCACACAGACUACUAUCAGGACAGUUCAGUCAUCAUCUGAAACUGUCAAGACUACAUCUACCAAGAGCACAAUUAAGUUGCCAUCUGAAACGAUCAAAACUACAUCUACCAAGAGCACAAUUGAGUUGCCAUCUGAAACAGUCAAGACUACAACUACCAAGAGCGCAAUUGAGUUGCCAUCUGAAACAGUCAAGACUACAUCUACCAAGAGCACAAUUGAGUUGCCAUCUGAAACAGUCAAGACUACAACUACCAAGAGCGCAAUUGAGUUGCCAUCUGAAACAGUCAAGACUACAUCUACCAAGAGUACAAUUGAGUUCCCAUCUGAAACAGUCAAGACUACAACUACCAAGAGUACAAUUGAGUUCCCAUCUGAAACAAUCAAGACUACAACUACCAAGAGCACAAUUAAGUUGCCAUCUGAAACGAUCAAAACUACAUCUACCAAGAGCACAAUUGAGUUGCCAUCUGAAACAGUCAAGACUACAACUACCAAGAGCGCAAUUGAGUUGCCAUCUGAAACAGUCAAGACUACAUCUACCAAGAGUACAAUUGAGUUCCCAUCUGAAACAGUCAAGACUACAACUACCAAGAGCACCAUUGAGUUGCCAUCUGAAACAGUCAAGACUACAACUACCAAGAGCACAAUUGAGUUUCCAUCUGAAACAGUCAAGACUACAACUACCAAGAGCUCCCAAGAGCCUUUGAUCCCACUGAGCUCCCGAGAGACGCUUCAAAGCUGGGAAACCAGCAGAAAAUAUGUCUCAAACUAUGCUUUGGACAGCCAGUCAGCUGACAAUGAUUCAGACAGCAAAACUGAAACCCUGAUCACUACAGAAGAAGAGCAAGAAGAGCCUGAAGCAGUGGGAGCAGACGACGCUGAGGAUGACUGGAAAUAUAGGGAGGAAAGCAGCACACGCUGGAGCAGUUGGAGGACACAAACCAUAGCUUCCGAAACAGAGGCCACAGAAGAGAGUGAGCCAGAGCCACAGAGACCCCCGUCAGUCCCCUUGGACAGGGCCUUGGAGAACACCAUACAAGAGCUCGAUUCACUCGAGCCCAAGAAGAGCUUUGUGUAUGUGAAAGAGUACGUCAAUUCAGAGCUGGCCAACAACACAAGCCAAAAUGGAGGAAAUGAAUAUGUAUCCUCACGCACUUCCUCCUACUCCUACAGCAGCCCUCCUACCAAUUUCAGGAACUGCACAUACUGCGGAGAGCUGGUAGGAAGUGACGCAAAGAUCACCAUCGAGGACCUGAACAUCUACUGCCAUCCGAGCUGCUUCAAGUGUGGUGUGUGCAGUAGACCCAUGGGAGACCUGCUGUACAACAUGUUCCUGCAUCACUCAACGGUCCACUGUGAAACCUGUUACUCCAAUCUCUUCUAGCAUCUACAUAGGAGAUGAAAAACUGCAGAUGGAUAAGGAUGGAGUUUUACUUCUUUUAACGGAAACAAAAUAUACUAUCCUAGAGUACAUACUCCACGAUACUGUGCCGAAGCACAAACUUUAUGUUUAUACUGCCUGCUUUUGAUUGGAACUCCUUUAAAAACAUGAAUAUCACACUGGGAAUAGAGCAAUUGUAGCAGGAUGUCUGUAGGAUAGGGUUCUGAUAUCUGAAAACCUGCAUGUCUUGACUGUUCUAUUUCAUUAUUUUCGUUGAUUCUCAUUACUGUGUUACUGUGUUAUAUGUAUGAUUUCUUAUCUUGAACAUUCCUCUAUAAUUUGUCAGCUUCUUGGACAUAUUCUACGAUUUACAUUGUAAGCAGCAUGUCAAAAAGUUAAAACAUUCUUAUGAAAUAUUAAACUUAACCACCAUACUUUUGGAAGAUUGCAACAUACUGGAUUUGAGUAUAGAAAGAGGUGGUCUGCUAUGAUGAUUGUAAACCAACCAUACUUUUAAAAAAAGGAAAAGCUGAAAGAUUAAUUAUAAGUCAAGAUUGACGUGUGACCAAGAGAGCAGGUUGCCAACUACAAAGGUGUACUGGUUUAAAUAAAAACGGUUCAACACA